AGUCCACAACAUGGCGGACAGGAAUUAUAAACAAUAAUCAAUCUGAGAACAAUAAGCCCUUUAAGCGGUGUUUUCUUUAAUCGAGAUGAAUGAAAUUUUCGUUGUUAUGAGGAAACUAGUAUAAAUUUGUUUUUACUUGAAGUGUUUAGAGUGUUGGAAGGGAAAUGCUUACAUAUUUCUUAAGCUUUUACUGUCUGCUUAUUUCUUUUGUCUACUCCGGGAAUUCAGUACAACUCUCCAAAUUUAAAAAGAAUUCCCUUGAAAAGUUUGAUAUAGAAAAAGUUUCAUCAUAUAUAUCAAAAUCUAUAAAAAAAUUGGAAGAAACUCAAUUAAAUAGCAAGGAAAUACAGCUUACUCUAAAUAGCUUACCAAAAAAAUCUCCUGAAUACGGUUUACAUGAAAAACUAGAAUUGCUGCUGGCUAAAUUCGAAAAAACUUUUAAUAAUUUUAAGAGUAAUCUUUCUGCAUCUGCGAAUAUUACUCAAAACUAUUAUGAAAAAUAUUCUUCAGUUCGAAUAUCUCCUAGAAUAAAUUACUGCUGCAAUUUAAAAGCAAACAUUCUCGAAGAUAAUGAUAUUUAUACAAUUCCAAUCUCCUUCGCCAAUACAUGUGACCUUUAUACAGUGGAUUUGUCUAAAGCCAUACCUAAUCCAGGUCGGAAUUUAACUUCCGUAUUCCGGCAAAAUUCAUUGCAUUUUCCCAAUGGUACAAUUAGAUGGCAAUACUUUAUUGGUGCCAAUGGGGUACAAAAUGAAUAUCCCAGCUUUAAUCCAGAAUCUAGAGCAAUUUGUCGCUCGGACGAACAAAGACAUAUCAGGGAAUACAUGUCUUCAACUAUUACCUCGAAAAAUAUCGUCGUAAUUGUCAUCGACUCUGGUUCAAUGACUGAAAAACAGUUUGAAUUGGGUAAAUCAGCCGUAAAGUAUUUUAUACAAGUCUUAGGAAGAGGCGAUUUGAUAUCUGUUUUUAAUAUAUCGGAUAGAGUAGAUUUCGUAAACACAAGAAACAGCUCAGAUUUAUACGGUCUCAGUGAAAAUUACAGAAAUUAUCUUCUAGAUUCAAUUAAUAAACUUCAGCUAACAAACAGACAUUCAAAUCAUACUCUUGGUCUCGAAACUGCUUUUAAUGUUAUUAAGAAUGCUAUGGACUCGAAAGAUCUACCUCUAAGCGAAUAUAACCUAAAGAUAAUCUAUUUAAGUUCUGGAACUGUUAACGGUAAUAAAGAAGAAACGGUGCGUGUAGUUAAAGAAAAGAACUCUCAGUUGAAUUUCACAGUCGUUAUCAACACUUACGUAUUGGCACAUGAAAACAAAGUUAUCACUUUCGAGCAUAAAUUCAUGAAAGAGAUUGCUGGACAGACUGGUCACAGUAAGAUAAUUAAGAACGCAAAUGAAGUCAAGCAUACUUUUGAUGAAUUAAAAGCAAUAGACUUUCGAGAAGAAUAUGUUUUACAUUGGCCAAAAUAUGAUAAAUACUCGAAAGGAGUAAUUAUCGCCCUAUCCAAAAAUGUUAAUGUAGACACAAGUAGUUUAGGAGUUGUUGGCAUGGAUAUUGAUUUUGCUGCUCUUUUUGAAGAUUUUUUCAGUUUUCAGUCUGAUCUUACUUAUGCAUUUUUAAUGAAUUUAAAAGGCGAAACGAUAAUUCAUCCAAAACUGGGGAAACCUUCGGAAUUACAGCGCCCUACUGUUGUAGUUAAAAUAGAUGAAUUGGAAGAAUCUAGCCAGUUUCCCAAAACUCUCAAAGCAAUUUUAAGGAGUGAAAUGGGAUCUAAAAGCUUUGAAGAAGUAGAAAGAACUAACUCUAAAGACAAAAUUUACAAAGUGAAAUAUGUUUGGAAAAAAUUAUCGAUUCGUAUAGAACGAUCUCCGUUAAUUCUUGUCUUGAAGAGUCGUACAAAUACGAAAUAUGAACCGAAAAUAUUCGAUUCCAGCCAAUUCGAUUCCAAUCAAAUUUCUCGUAUACGCUAUUAUCGUCUGGAUAGUACUACAUCAGUCCCGAAAUGUUACAACUUCAAACAGUUGGCUACGAAUGUUACAUCAACACUUUUUCUGGCCCCAAAAGCAUUUGUCAAGUCUUAUAAACACUUAAAAUACGAAGAAGCCGACGAAAAGAUUGCUUCCCUCUUGUUAUUUUUGAAUCAAAAGCCAAAAAUGAAUCUCCAAUCUAAAAGUCUUCAUAAGGAAAUUAGAGGUUUCGCAAAAGCUUUGUCAACCAUUGGUGAGAUUUUUUCAAAAUCCUUAAAAAGGGGUUGGAAUAAACGAGUUGUUAGGAAGAUGAUUGCCGCCUCUAACGGAGUAAUGUUUACUUUUCCUGGUACUUUAAUUGAUAAGAGCUUUGAUCCAACUCAAAGUCAAUGGUUUAGAGGUGCCAUCAAACAAGAUGGCGGAUUAUCUUUUACAUCUCCUUACUUAGACGUUGGUGGGGCUGGCUAUAUAAUAACGCUAAGCCGUGCUCUUUCCAGUUCCAUAUAUAGAAAAGAUGUUGUCUCGGCUAUGGAUCUAACCGCUGAUCACUUAUACAACAUUUUGCUAAAAGGAUAUUCAACUUGCCAUAAGAGUGAUUAUCGAUGCUUCUUAGUAAAUUCUGAAGGCUAUAUUGUUGCACAUCGAAAUUUGGUUAUGGGUGGCGAUAAAAUUUUAGGAGAGAACAUUCAUAUAAAUCAUAAAGAAACUCAUAUUGCAAGACAUUUAUUAUAUAAAUUACAUAUUCUACAAAAAAGAAUAUGUAAUGAUUACAUUCAUCAAACAGUACAAUAUUCCUAUGCUUUCAAUGAAAGUUUAAACAAAACAUUCUACGGAAGUAAUGGUUGUAUGGAAUAUAAGAUAACGCCAGUCAAAGACACAAAUUUGUUCUUGAUAGUAUCGAAGACAGAUAAGUCAUGUCAAGCCCAAGCAUUCUGCUAUUGCAAUCAAAGGAAACAGGAAAGAAAAUGUAUAACAUGUUUUCAGGAAAAUAUGAGUGUUGGGGACGAAUGCAAAUGUCCUUGUGAAUGUCCUUUAAAAAUGGAUUAUCGGACCAAUCAAGUCAUUAAAAGCUUCCGUAAUUAUCCAUCUUGCGAGGCUCCUUAUAGUAUUCAAAAAUCAAUUGAUGCCAAGAAAUUUGGUAAACUUCGUCCGUGCAUUAGGGUGAAUUGUGGUGAUUUUAAAAAGGAAAUUGAUUGUAUGGGUAUUAUGGAUUGCGUUUGGUGUAAUCGUCAAAAAGAUGGAAAAUCUCUUACAAAUCCGUAUUGUACUAGGCAACAAGUUUGCUUUGCUGGUAUUCUUGGCGGAGAUACUCCUUAUCAUAAUAAUGUUGAUACGGAUUAUACUACAAUAAAGCCUAUUGAAACUACUCCGAUAGGACCUAUUGCUGGAGGUAUAAUGGGAUUAUUGUUGGCAUUUGCUCUUAUUGUAUAUUGUGUUAGGCAUCAAUCUAAUCGUCAUGAAAUGCAAUAUAUCAGCACCUGUUCAGACCCGCAACAAUCCUUACGAAUGUCUCAUAUUGAACAAGAUUUAGAUGACCUUGAAGAUUCCGGUAACCAUUACUCAGCUCAUACAAAUACAAUGCUCAUCAUUGAUGAAGGAGGCACAGCAGCAAAUAUAUCACCAUAUAAAAUGAAUCCUAAUUACAAAAGACCUAAUAAUCAAAGUCAGAAUAGCGAUCACGGUUAUAGCACAAUGACACCUCUAUCUCACGAUGAUGCUGCUAGUUUUACAAAUGCUAGUACAAGAAAUGAUGUCAUAUCGAGAAGAUCAAGAAGACCUCCUCCAAAAUUUUCAGGAUCUAAAGCGGGCUGUAUACCUCCACCUCCGCGAAGGAAAGAUUCAGCCGAUAAGGCAAAGGCAGAUGAAUAUACGAGGCUGAGUGCUAAUUCCUUAGUUACUCAAGCUACUGUUCAUAAUUCUGGUUGUGUGGCAUGA